AAUCGCGCCGCAGGACAGCAAAAGCAGGGAAGCACAGCGGACCUCCCGGGGGUCCGGGGUCCCUCGUCUCCCGGGGCACCCUGCCCGCGGCUCACAGGCGGGGACAACCCCUCCUCGCCUCCGCUCGGCUGCCCCCCCCUUAGACACCCCCCGAAACUUUCCCCUCAGCCUGCCCACGCUCUCCCUCCCCGCCGGGGGAGAACCUGCUCCGGCUCGCUCGGUGCAGCGGGGACGGGGGGCGGGCAGGCUGCCUCCCUCCUCCCCCCGCCCCGACUCGCCCGCCCGCCCGCGGAAGCUUCCCCGAGGCUCCCGCAUUGCACCGCACCGCCGUGCCGUGCGCGGGGCUCGGCGCUGCCCACCGCGCCCCUCCGGCGCCCCUGGCCCCUUCCCCUUCCCCGGUCGGCGGUAUGAGUGCCGGCGAGGCGAAAGAGUAUCUGGCCCGCAGGGAGAUCCCGCAGCUUUUCGAGAGUCUGUUGAAUGGAUUAAUGUGUUACAAGCCCGAUGACCCAAUUGAAUAUUUGGAAAGCUGUUUGCAAAAAGUGAAAGAACUUGGAGGGCCAGAAAAAGUGAAAUGGGAUACUUUUGUCAGCCCAGAAAAGAAGACCUUGCCUCCACUCAAUGGAGGACAAUCCAGGAGGUCUUUUUUCAGGAAUGUGAUACCUGAUAAUUCUAAUUUCCCAUACCGACGAUAUGAGAGACUCCCUCCAAUCCAACAGUAUUCCAUAGAAAGUGACACGGACCUCUCGGAAACUGCUGAGCUAAUUGAGGAGUAUGAUGUAUUUGACCCUGCAAGACCUCGACCAAAAAUUAUCCUUGUCAUAGGUGGCCCAGGAAGUGGUAAAGGAACACAGAGUUUGAAAAUAGCAGAACGCUAUGGAUUUAACUACAUAUCAGUUGGUGAAUUGUUAAGGAAGAAGAUCCACAGCACAAGCAGCAAUAGAAAAUGGAGUCUAAUUGCUAAAAUAAUUACUACUGGAGAACUGGCCCCUCAGGAAACAACCAUAACUGAGAUUAAGCAGAGAUUAAUGCAGAUCCCUGAUGAAGAGGGUAUAGUGAUUGAUGGAUUUCCCAGAGAUGUUGCCCAGGCAAUCUCCUUUGAGGACCAAAUAUGUACCCCAGAUUUGGUGGUGUUUCUGGCAUGUUCCAGUCAAAGGCUGAAAGAAAGAUUACUGAAGCGUGCUGAACAGCAAGGGAGACCUGAUGAUAACCUGAAAGCCACUCAAAGAAGACUGAUGAACUUCAAGCAGAAUGCUGUCCCAUUGGUUAAAUAUUUCCAGGAAAAAGGGCUAAUCAUCACAUUUGAUGCAGACAGAGAUGAAGAAGAAGUGUUCUUUGACAUAAGCUCAGCAGUUGACAAUAAACUAUUUGCAAACAAAGAGGCUGCAGCAGGGCCAAGUGAACUUGACUGCAGUCUAAUUAUGGAUUCUGGAGAUACUGUUUAUACAGAAUUUGACUUUGAAGACCAGGAGGAGGAUCAGUCAAGUUUUUCUGGUUAUGAGAGCACAGGAGACUUUUCAGAAGAUCUGAGGAAAUCAAACAUAAUUUUUGUAUUUGGUGGCCCUGGCAAAGGUAGUCAAUGUGAACAGUUAGCCAAGAAAUACGGAUUUACUCACAUGUCCACUGCUGAUCUUCUCCAAAAUGAGUUAUCGUCAUUAUCAGAGAGAAGUAAACUGAUCAAAGACAUCAUCGAGUGUGGUGAUCCUGUGCCUGGCGGUAUUGUCCUAGAGCUACUGAAGGAAGCCAUGGUUUCCAAGUUAGGGGAUACAAAAGGAUUCCUAAUUGAUGGUUUUCCCCGGGACCUGAAAGAAGCAGAAGAGUUUGAGAGCAAGAUUGGGGAACCAAAACUUGUGUUCUGCCUGAACUGCUCUGCAGCAGCCAUGAGCAAUCACCUUCUGAUGAGAAAUCCAAGCAGUCAGCACUCUGAUAGUGCUGAAACCAUCAAGGAAGGAAUUGAAAGUUAUUACGAGGCAUCAAAACCUGUGAUUGCAUACUAUGAAAGGAAGACACGGUUAUGCAGGGUUGAUGCAGAAGGAACACAGGAAGAUGUUUUUCUGGAAGUCUGCAAGAUGAUUGACUCUUUUCUGAAAAAGGAAGAGGCAGCAUUUUCAACAGAAAUGCAGUAAUGAUGUGUACACAGCAUCACCUCACAUGCACUUUGCAGUCAUGAUGAAAAUGCUGUGCAAAGCAAUACUGCUUUCUGGAGAGGUAUCUGGAAUUUGUGCAUGUGGUAUGCUGUCUAAGAUGAAAUUUUUUUCUGACAAUACACUCAAUAGGAAGUGGUCUGUAUGCUAACUCUACACUAAGAACUGUAUAUUGUUUUACCAGUUGUUUGCUCUUCACGGGUUGAAAGCAGAUGGUGAACAGCAGCUCUGGUUUGUAUUUCAUGGUCUUAGAAGUCAGACAAUGCCUGGCCAGCAGAGAGCUCUUCAAGCACACCAUUCACCACAUACUGUAGUAACUUUUAGGAUUACUGCUUACCAGUUUCCAAUGGGUUCUUAUGUUCAUAAACAGUAUUAAUUUUUGUGGCAUCACUUUGCUUGUUCUUGGGUUUUAAUGACUAUCAUCUGUUCCGCAUUACACGCAGCUGUCACACAGCUGGAAUUUGUCAAACUAGAAGUUAAAAUAAACUUUUCAUACAUCCCCAAGAAUAUUAUUACAACAGGAAGCAGAAAACUUAACUGAAGGUGAAGAUGCAGUUGAACAGUGUGGAUGUCUGCUGAGCCUUUAUCCUGGAGCAGCCACCACUUUGAGGCAAUGUUAUUAUAAAUGACUUCCCAGUUUUGUGAGCUGAGGUGAAAAUGAUGAUUGUAUUGUAUAGUUAAAUGUGCAGUCCAGUAAUUAUCCAUAUUAACAGCUCCUCUACCAUAUUAAUUAAAGUCUAUAUAUAAAGUUGACUAUGAGCCAGAAUGUAUGAAGAUGUCUUUAGAUAAUACUUUGAAAGUAUUUCUAAUGCAAAAUUCUGAUCAUCAUUUGUUGUCUUGUACUGGCGUGGCCAAAAAACUUUGGGGGGGGGGGGGGGGGGGGGGAAGGGAAUGUUUGAUUUCACAUUGCUUGCAUCUUUAGUAAGCCAUUUAUCUGUAAUAUCUGGGAAAAAAAGUCUGUAAAAAUCAUAUUCCCAUUAAGUUAACCAAAAUAUUGUGAAGUUUAUUUGGUAUUCUGAUAGCUAAAUAAAAGCUUGUUUGACAUUCCUGUAAAGUAACUGCAUCCUCUUACUGGAAACACAGGAUGAAUCCAUAGCUGAAGUGGGUUGCAUGAUAGCUCUUACUGUCAAAGUUGUACUUUAUGCAGCAGAUUUGUACUUUUAAAGUUACCUUUCUUGUAACAAAGACAUAAUACAAAUAAAACAUGUACAAAAAUGAGAAGUAAUGAUUUCUGUUACAAUAUAUGUGGCUUUAAUCCUUUUAAAAGCACAGUACAUGACUUGAAAAUAUAGCUCAAAUCAGCAUGCUUACAGUUUGUACUUUCUCCAUUCUGGGCAGAAUCUUGUUUUCUUUUUCUUCCUUGGCAUUUGCCUGUAAAUGCUACUUUAUUUUUUUUUUUAAGGGACCAUUUUCAAUACAUUCUUAUCCUUCAUAUCCUGGAUGAUCCUUCUUGCCUGGGUCCUUUUAUAGCCUAUAUUUUACAUCUGAUGCUCUAGGAAGUGCUUCUCCAGCUCCAGACCCAUGCCAUUAAGUGACCAGGAACACCUGCAGUACCACAGCUUUAAACACCUUUGGUAACCCAUCAGCCUGAGAAGGGCUUUCCUAAACCAAGCCUUGGGCACAAGCAGCUGCAAAUUGAUCUGGGGAGGUUUUCUGGAGAAUUUUUUUAUUGCUUCUAAUUACAAUAUAAGGUAAAAAGUGUGGAGUAUCAUACUUGUGUGGGAUGGGAACACAGGCAACACAUCAGCUGCUGGUUUUUUUAAAAAAAAUCAAAUCACAAAAAUUAUUUAUUAUACAGUUUCAGUUUAAUUUUUCUUUCUGCUUCUUCUGGUCUUUUCUGUGGAACAAAAAAAAUCCCCAUGCUUGAUUUGGGUGUAUGUGCAUUAGAUAUCUAUUUGCAUAUGUUCAUAAUGUAUGCAAGAGAAAGAGCUGUAUAUGCAUGCAUAUGGAAAUAUAAAUAUUUAUACAUAUUCAAUAAAAAGAGGACUUAUCCAAGACA